UUUUGUGCCCUAGCUUCAGCUGUUGCCUGUUGUUGGUUGGCAUUUGACUUGAGCUAAUGUGCUUUCUGCUCUGUGAAGGAUAAAUUUUGGCUACUGUAGAGUUAAAAAUAUUGUUCAAUUCAGCAAGGACAAGGAUAUAAUUUUUUUUAUCAAGGCUGUAGCUACACAGUUGCAAACUAUAAUAAGGAUUAAGAAGAACGAGGCUGGGAGACACUAAAAUAAGGAUUGGGGAGAACGUGUCAGAGAGAAAAAUUUCUUGAAAGAAUGCAGCGCAGUAGCGGUGACUUGGGCAACGGAGGUGGGUUCAGCUCAGGUGAGGAGGACUCCCGUGGUGCCCCGGAGCAGACCUGCUGUCUGGUGGAUGACAGCUUCCGGUGUCAGCGGCUGGCGGGCAAUGCGUGCUACAGCAAGCGCAUCCAGAAGACAGUCACACAACGCAGGCUCAAGCUGCAUUUGGACCAGCAGGCGCGGCAUAUCUACAUCUGCGACUACCACAAGAGCGUGAUCCAGUCGGCGCGCACCAAGCGGCGAAGGAAGGACUCCGAGGAUGACUCGAACGAGACUGACACAGAUGUGCCAGAGGUCGACCUCUACCAGCUGCAGGUCAACACUCUGCGCCGGUAUAAGCGACACUUCAAAGUGCCCACGCGGCCGGGCCUCAACAAGGCUCAGCUGGCUGAUGUACUAAUGAAACACUUCAAAACAAUUCCUGUCAAUGAGAAGGAGACAUUGGCCUACUUUUUCUACCUCAUAAAGACAAAUGGUAACAAAUUCGAUCAAAAAAACGCCAACGCCAAUGGCAAUGAAACCAACUGAGUGCUGAAGUUACCAAAAGUUUGUCAAUUUUAUUGUUUCUGUUUAUAUUAUUUUAUGUUAGAUAUUAUGUCAGUGAAUGCGAUGAGAGUUCAGAAGACUUUCCAGGAAAAAUACCCAAUUUCAAUCUAUCGUGGAAUAUUAUUUUUAAUUUAGCCUUAUAAUUACUCAAGUUUUAUUGACCUAAGCAAAGUGUACGUGAGUUCCUUCUAUCAUUGAAUAUUUUUCAAUGUUUACCCUAUAGUUAUUCAAAUAUUAGAUAAAAAGACUAAGAAAUUAGUCUCUACAUUGUUUAUCAGAGAUUGGCAAUGGUGUAACAACCGAAACCGGUCUUUCUAACUAUCAAUAAAUCUGUGGUUUUUGACAAUUUCUUAGUCUUUUUAUCUAAUAUGAAUAAUUACCACAAUAUCAACUUCUCAACUACACAAAAAGUUAUUCAAAUAUCAUUGCAUAAUAACUAUUACUUGAUUACCUUCAGUUAUUAUAUAUAAUUUUUGAAAUUUGGCCCAAUAGUCACUCAAAUCUCAUUUCUAUUAAGUAGAACGAAUAAAUUCUCGAUUUCAUUCUAUUGUUGUAUAAUCUUUUAAAUUUAUCCUAUAAUCACAUAUAUCUUAUUUCUAUUGAAUAAAACUACUGUACUUCUUCACAACCAAUUAUUCGGUGAGAUAUGACAUUGGCGAACUACUGCAUUGAUUUCCAACUGUGAUAUUCUUACUGUUCACUUAUUAAAUUACAACUUUAUUUCAUUUGUGUAAUGUAUGUGACUAUGAUUUAUUUGUAUGCGACUUGAGUCAAUAUUGUAAAAAUUACAAUGCGUGACAUUGAUAAAAUGAAUUGAAUCAAAAUUAGCUCUGUUUGCUACACUAGUAUUUGUUACAAUUUUGAGUCAUUUGUUAAAUUUCGAUAACUUCCACAACACCUUCACUACAACACAAAAAGUCAAAGCUCAUUCAUUUCACAAAUAUGUUGAAGAUACAACACUAAGAAGUGUUGAAAGGAUAUUCUAACAAAUACAGUAAUUAUAUAGAGUGGUGUCAUGAAGCAAUCUAGACGCUAGACUCCUGUCUAGCUAACUGAUCAGUCAGGUCAGAGGCCCUGAAAUCGAUCAAUAGUAACCUGAAAUCUCAACACAAGACCUGAGCCAGACAUGUCACUCGAUGAUUAUGCAUUUUAUUUGUGUAGAGAUUCUAUGACUCGAUUAAAUACUAAAUGUUAAGUAAUUAAUUUGAAUGCUCAUCUAUUCUAAGUACACAGCGUUUGUCUAGCAAUUUGCCGGCCAGGUUAGCCGAGACAACUAAGGCGUGCACCCUUAAGUCUUCUAGCGCUACCUGUUCGCGGGUUCGAAUCACGCCGGUAGGCAUGGAUCAACGUUUGAUCAUCUCAACAAAUCACCCACGGACUUUCCAUUACCCACGCACAAGCUGUAAGCUCUUUGUGGGCUCAUGUAUUCAAUUGCAUCCGCAAUUAAGAAAAAUCAACUCCUACUAGUAAUGUUAAAGUUUUGCCAAAAAGCUGUCAUAUCCCCACUUAUUUACAUCUGUGGCCUGAUGAACAUUUUUUCCAAAAUACAAAUAAAGCUGCACAUAUAGGACCGCCACCCUUUGUUUUGGCACCAAGCGUAUGUAAAUUAAUCAAACAUCACGCCCUCAGUAGCUGUCACCAGUUUUUCUGUAGCCUUUAAUUUAUAAAAAUAUUAUGGAAUUAUUCAAAAAAUCUAAAUGUGUUUUUUAUGUUGUGACGUGUAAUUUCAAUAUUGAGUUUCUGUCUUUAUUAUAUCAUAAACAUUUCAGAAACUGGAAGAGAAAAACAGACGCUAGAACGAAAACUUUUGAAUUUAGUUUAGUUGUGCAUAUUGAUAUACAAAAUUAGGUGGUUUGGAACCCACCUAAAACUGUAUGUCCACUCAUCUCUCAUCAUCAUCCGCCUCAUUGCCCACGCACAAACCUAAGGCUCAUCACCCUCAGCAAAAUAAUCAUACAUCUCAAUUAUUUGUCGCAUUAGUCAGAGUUUAGCUAGAGUAUCGAUUACCUUAUGAAAUCACUAAUAGUUCCCCAUUCAUCAGUCGUCGUCGAUUUAAGGUAGACGCACACAGAUAGUCAUCGGACGAUUCGAUUUGAUGCAUUAUUUUCAAUUGGAGUGCUCAUACCUAUACGGAUGCGGAUAGGUAUGCGCACUCCAAUUGAAAACAAUGCAUCAAAUCUAAUCGUCCGAUGCGUGCCGUCCGUCCGAUGACGAUCUGUGCGCGCCUACCUUUAGAUUGUUUCAGGAAAUUCCUAUACCAAAUGUUAUCCAGUUUAACACUUUGU